AUGGAUAAAGGGAAGAAGAUACAACUCUAGAGAAUGAUUGGAUAUUGCAGGAGCACAAGCUUUUUAGUCAUUAAUACCAUUGGUAUAGUACUUUUUGUGACCCCCCCCAAAGGGGCACUGAAGUACUCUUGCAUAAAUGUGGGGUUUUCUUUGUGUAUUUAGGCUGCCUGUACCCUGUUUUCCAUGAUGACCACUUUCUGCUCAGCAGGGAUGGGUAUAGCCUUCCCAUGCAGAGGAGCUCAAUAUUUUUUCAAAAGAUGUUCUGACAACUUGAUCUCUCUCCUGAAUCUCUGGACAGCUUUGUUUCUGGGGCCAGGGUUAGGUGCAGCCCUACUCCUCACUGACUAUAGCAUUGAGCCUUUUUAUUCUAGCUGCUCUGCUCUGGAGCUACCAAAGAAAUGUCUGGCACUAGCCAUAUUGUGGACUGUGGGAAUUCUGAAUUGUCGAGGUGUGAAAGAGGUGAUUUGGCUUUGGACAGACAGCCUAGGGCUGAAAAUGGCCCUACUCGGUCUUAUUUCCUUAAGCAGAGCGGUACUGCUGAUGAAAGGAAAAGAGAAUGUAGAAAGCUUUCAGAACUCUUUUGAUACUGAUUUUCCAGAAGACUUCCAGUUUAUAGACGCUGUUUUCCAAAGAUAUUUUGCAUUUUCAGGCAGAGGAUGUUUUACAUUUAUAGCAGGAGAAGCUGAAGAACCCAGAGAGAUAAUUCCAAGAUGCAUAUUAACUGCAUUACUUCUGGUGACUAUUAUUUUUCUACUAGUUAGUAUUUCCUACCUGACUAUACUGACACCCAGAGAUAUUCUCUCUUCAGGAGAGCCCUUUAAUUACAGAAAAGGAAAUAAGCAAAAACUUGGCAACAUCAGGAUAUUAUUGGAGAAAGUUAACCCAUUUUCUAUCACUAGUUUUUAUCUUAUUUUUGUUUGUAUAAGUAUACAGAUACAUUAUAUGGGUUUUCAUACCUUAUUGUUUGAAUUUUGCCUUUUUUUUCAGGUGUCUUUUCCAUUACCAUUGAUAACAAUGACCAUCAGCCUAUGUUUGACUUUGAUCCCUUUGGUGAAGUCUCCACAUAUACAUUGUAUCUAUGUGUGUCUCUUUGUUCUCAGCCUCAAUUUAAAAUAUAUUAAAGUUAUAUAUUUUAAAUUGAGGCUGAUUUGGUUUGAGAAGAUAACAUGCUAUUUACAAUUGCAGUUUAAUAUUUGCACCCCUAAUGUGUCUGAAGAACAGAUGUCAGAAGUAGAAACUGUUAAAGAAAAUAGCCUUUUAAACAUGACAAGUUAAAUUAAAAAAAGAUCAAGCACAUGAUAGAACAUUAAUGAUGAAAUACCCAUGGUAGCUUUCUUUCUUCAAAGAAAUAGUGUAUAAAGAGGUGCCCAUGAUAAUCCUAGCUUUAAAAACCAUGCAGAAAUCGUUGUAUAACUAAAGCUCUGUUUUGGUUUGCAUUGGUUGAUAUGUUGGUAUUUUUCCCUCUUCCAUUUUCUUUUUUCUACACCCCAAUCUUUUACUACUGAAUUUGUGAUGACUUUGUGAUAAAAUUUAGCAAUUAAAAUAAAAAAGCAUUCUCUUCAUCAUACUUGAGUCCUUCUAUUGGUGCUGAUUUGAAGAUUAAAAAAAAUAACAUCAUUUGUCUUAUCAGCUGUUCCCUACUAGUAGUAUUUUUUCAACCUAAAAGCUAUUUUGAAGCAUGGGUUUUAGGUUAUUUUCCUUCCUACUCCUUCCUCUGAAUACCGAGGAGCCUUAGACGAACAAGUUCACUAUGCUUCAACAGCAACCCUGAAAUCAUGACCUGAGCCAAAACCAAGAGUCAGAAGCUUAACCAACUGUGCCGCCCUUCCAAAGUUUUUCUUAAUAAGAAGCUGUAAUGUGAUUUCUACCUAUCAAGUGAAAUCCCCUUUCACAUUACAUCUUUUUAAGUAUUUGGUGAUAGCUAUCUCAUGGAUUGGAGUCUUCCCUUCUCCAGAUUUAUUACUCCCCCACACCCAGUAUUCAAGAAUUCCUGCUUUUGAAAGCCUUGAUUCCUUCACUCCUCCCAGAUAGGAUCUUUUUAUGUUAAGAAAUCCUUAAUUUUUAAUGUUGAAAACAAUGUAGACUUUCUAAAUAUGGUCUGAUUAUGGCAGGGUAGAACACAUCUAUCAUGUCCUUGAUCUAGAUGUUAGAGUUUUGUUCGCAGUUUUGGUACCAAAGUCUUUCCUAUAAAUUAUGGCUUGAGACAUACCUGCUCUAAGACUGUGUGGGAUAGAUACCCCUGUGCAAGUCUGUCAGGUCAAUAAAAUUUCUCAGGGAAACUUUUGUUUCACAACAGGUGACAAGAAAGUGGUUGAUGCUUGGGAGCCUGGGUGGCUCAGUGGGUUAAGCCGCUGCCUUCGGCUCAGGUCAUGAUCCCAGGGUCCUGGGCUCCUUGCUCAGCGGGAAGCCUGCCUCUCUCUCUCUGCCUCCACCUGCCUCUCUGCCUGCUUGUGUGCUUUCUCCCUCUCUCUUUCUGACAAAUAAAUAAAUAAAAUCUUAAAAAAAAAUUGGUUGAUGAUAGCAAAAGCCAAGGUUUAAAGAUUUGUCUUUCAAGGAAAAUUCUAGCAUGAAUUUUAUAUAGUGUGUGU